UGUGGAGUGGAUACUGGACUUGGACUAGGAUCCGACGAUCCGUUCGUUUUCCUCAUCGUGAAUCGUGAGGUUGAGAGUGAGAUUGUGUCAAUAUGGCAGAUCCUUUAAGUUUGUUGCGUCAAUACAAUGUUAACAAGAAAGAAAUUAUCGAAAGGGAAAAUCAGAUUAUUUUCGGAGAGUUUUCUUGGCCCAAAAAUGUUAAAACAAACUAUCUCAUGUGGGGAUCCGGUAAAGACGGAGCCUCAAAAGAAUACUACACUUUGGAGUGUCUAUUGUUUCUUCUCAAGAAUGUCACCCUUUCUCAUCCGGUGUAUGUGCGGCAGGCUGCUGCUGAAAACAUACCAGUGGUACGCAGGCCUGAUCGUAAAGACUUGUUGGCCUAUUUAAAUGGGGAGACAGCAACAUCGGCGAAUAUUGACAAGAGCGCUCCAUUGGAGAUCCCCACACAGGUGAAGCGAGCCCCAGAUGAGAGCAUCGAGAGCGUGGCAAAGAAACCUCGAUUGGAAGACAUGCAGGAUGUGCAGCGAGUCAAGCAGCAACUGGCCGCUCGUCUGGACGCACCGAAGGAGGCGUCGGUUACUGUAGACAACAUCAAAUCUCUCUCCGAGGCAAUGUCAGUCGAAAAAAUCGCAGCAAUCAAAGCCAAGCGGUUGGCUAAGAAGAGAACUACAAUCAAAGGCCAUGACGACAUCGGGAUCGGAUCAGACCUCAGGGUCAUGUUGGACUUUGAUGUGGACGUAACUAAAGACAUCAUCUCUCGGGAACGGCAAUGGCGGACUAGGACGACCAUAUUACAGAGCACAGGAAAGAUUUUUGCAAAGAACAUUUUUGCGAUCCUGCAGUCGAUAAAGGCGCGUGAGGAAGGCAGACACCGACCUCCCGCGGCUACACCUAUCAUGACUCCUCGAGCCACACCCAUCAAACCCGUCAUUCCUCAACCCAUUGUGUACAACCGAUACGAUCAGGAACGUUUCAUUCGCCAGAAAGAAGAAACGGAAGGUUUUAAAAUUGAUACUAUGGGAACAUACCAUGGAAUGACGCUAAAAUCAGUGACUGAAGGCAACCAACCCAAGAAACUACCUCCGCAACAAAACCCCCACCCACCUCAGCCCAUACCUACGGCUCAGGCUCGCAUGGGAUUGGUUCCGUCAGCCAACAAGCGAGUGUCUCGGACACCGAUCAUCAUCAUCCCAGCAGCCAACACAUCCCUCAUCACCAUGUAUAAUGCCAGAGACAUUCUGCAGGACCUCAGAUUUGUAACAACUGAGGAAAAGAAACUGCAAGGAGCAAAGCGUGACAAUGACAUUCUACUGCAGAGACGUAAGGAUGGCGGACUGACAGUUCCGUACCGUGUCAUUGACAACCCACAGAAGUUGACACUGGGUGACUGGGACCGUGUGGUCGCUGUGUUUGUGAUGGGCCCUGCCUGGCAGUUCAAGGGAUGGCCAUGGGAUGGCAACCCUGUGGAUAUUUUCUCAAAAAUCUGUGGAUUUCACCUCAAGUAUGAUGAGAUGAAGCUGGACAAGAACGUGGAAGGUUGGGCUGUGUCUGUCAUACAGCUGUCUCGCACCAAGCGGCAUCUCGACCGAGCGGCUCUCAUGGUGUUUUGGGAGCGGCUGGACAAACAUCUCAUCAAAAACAAACCACAUCUUCGGUUUUGAAGCUCUAGUCGUGUGCCUCUGUAUAUACACCUCAAGGAAUUAUUUCUAUUGAUUUUAGAUAUACACUAAGCUUAGUAAGCUUCCUGUUUAUAUAUUACCUAUUUUCUUGUCUAUGUAAAUACUAAA